UAUUAUUAAAUAUUGGAACUGGUUUGAUAGAUUAAACUUAUGCGUAUUCGAUAGCAUUUAUUUUCUGACAAUUUAAUGAUUACUAAUAAAUAAAUUGACUAUAAAUGGGAACCUAGAUACAGUACCGCCGGUAACUUACUGCUAGAUAAUUAGGAUUUUUUCAGGUGCCAACCCAAUCAGCCAAUCAGAGAGCUUCCUGCCCUGCCGACUCUGAAAACGCCUGAAAAGAACGCCUAAUAUGGGCUCGCUCUUAGCCUAUAUUCGGUAGUAGGCACUCCACCAGUCCAUGAAUUAUGUUAUGUCUAUCCAGGGGAAUUUCUUAUCUGCUCAAGAACUCAAUCUAUUUUGCCCAUCGUGUCUUUCUGUUCAAUUAUUCCAAGACGGUUAUUUUAAUCAUUAUUACUGGUAAAGUCCAAAUAAAAUAAAACUGUAAAUAUCACAGGAUUAAUAAAUAACCAUUUUUAGAAUUUAGGUUUCAUAUCCUGUUAGGGUAUAACCAGUGCUUUUUAAUUUGUAAAAUAAAAAGUAAGGAGGAUAGAACCUAUGGGGGCUAAUUUUCUACCGGUAGUGAUUUUAAACUUUUUAUAUUGUGUAUUUUUACCAUCGUUUUUCCAUAAUUUUAAUAAAAACCUCUCUCACUCCCUCUUCCUUUCAGAGGUAUGGCAUACCGUCAAAAAUUAAGCCCUGUUUAUUCAAUAUCCAUAAUAACUUCCAGGGGGGGGGGGCGCUCCCCUUGGCCCCCUUCUCUUAUAUACGCCACAAAGUAGAAGGAAUUCUCAGUAAAUUCUCUCUUUCAAUUCUCUGAAGGAAUUCUCUCUUUCAUUCUCUGUGUAUUAAUACGCCCAUGCUUGAGAUAAAGGAAAAAGGAGUCGUAAUGAACGUACGGUAUUGAUAAAGUAGCAAGUGACCUAAUACAGUUUAGGCCGAUAGACAAUGACCAAUGACUGAAUAUAAUGACGAUGACUAUGCCUAAUUUUGACAGAACAAUGAUGAUGAUGAUUACUGAUGAGAAAACAAGUUUCAGUCAGCUCUAGAAGUGUUUCAAACCAGUCGUGAAUUGGGAAUGAACUCUCAUUCUCUCAGCCAAAUAUAGCAGAGGCCACAGGCACAGCUCAGACCACAACAGACGAACAGACUGAAAACCUGUGUGGCUGAAUGAUUACCGUAUCAACUAUAUAGUUGUGUGUCUUCUACAAAAGUUUAUUCGCGGCAACUGUAUCUUCAAACAUACUGUAACGUUGUUUCUUCUUCUAAUAAGUAGCCAAUAUACAAUUUGGUACUUUUAUACGAGAUUAGAAUUAUGAGGAAAUUUGUAUUAGUAAUUCUAUUUGUAGCCUUAACGCAAAACAAUUGUUCUGCACAUGCAGAGCAAGAGACCUCCAAAAAUGUAACAUUACCAAAAUUUGUCACGUUUCCAUUGAUAUGGCAUCCUUCUCCUCGUUCAAGGCUUUUGGAAAUGGGUGUUCAUCCCCGAGUUAUUCAAAGUCUUGCCAUCAAUGAGUUUGCAAAGAAAAAAGGACCUGUGAAAAAUGAUACCGUACAAAUUUACAAAUAUUUGGAUUCUGAGUUUUAUGCUCAAGUUAACCUGGGUCACCCAGGUAAGCAAUUCUAUAUGGUUCUGGAUACAUCAUGGGGAGACUCCUUCGUACCAUCAGCUUCAUGCCCUGAAACUGAAAUUGCUUGCCAAACCAAGAAUAAGUACGACCACUCUCUAUCCUCCACGUAUGUGAACCCCAAUGAAGCAUACACUGUGAAUGGGAUGAUCGGUGAUCUUGCUAUGGACAUGCUACAUCUGGGACACGUUAAUGUGACUAAUUUCACAUUUGCUGAGCUCACGCAUGUUCCCAAGUCUAUGAUGUUUGAGAAGGCUGAUGGAAUACUUGGAAUGGGAUUCAAACAAUUGAACGCCUAUAAUAAACUUCCGUUUUUUUACCGUCUAACCGAGUUGAAUCCACAAAUGGAAAAGGUGUUUGCUUUCUACUUCAAUAGAGCUCCUGCCACUAGAAAAGGAGGAACUGUAGCGCUGGGUAUGGUUCAGAAGAAACAUUAUUUUAAACCAAUCAAUUACUUCAACGUUAUAUCAAAUAAUUAUUGGGAAAUCAAAAUGGACAAGGUGAUUCUUGAAGAACGCAAGACUAAAAACAAUACUCUGUGUGCGUCUGGCUGCAAAGCAUUGUUUGAUACUGGCACAACUACAAUAAGUGCUCCAUCAGAUGAUCUGAAAAUCAUCAAUAAAAUAACCAAAGCUACUGAAGUUCCCAAUCUUGGACGAUUUUCGGUGGAUUGCAAGACCAUAACUCAGCUUCCAAGCAUACAUUUCUUCUUCAACGGAAUCGAGCACAGUAUUAAGGGAAAAGAAUACGUUAGUAAUCUGAAGGUGGGUCAACAGAGCUUCUGUGUGACUGCCUUUGAAGCUUCGCAGCUCCCCAACACCUGGGCUAUUGGUAGCACUUUCUUAUACCGACAUUACUCAGUAUUUGAUUUGGACAAGAGACAGGUUGGACUUGCCAAGAGUAAAUACUAAAGUUACCAGCUUCAUAAAAUUAUUAUAUCUUACAUAAUUUUUUUACUCUUGAGGUGAAUAUUUUUCAACUUCUGCUAUAGUUGGGAACCUAAUCUGCAAAGAUAAUCAAACUACAGUAGGUACUGUAUAAAAUAUUUGCCGAGAGUCCAAACUAACAAGUCUAUAUAUUUUACUGUACUUAAUUUUUGUACUCUUUAUGUGAAUAUUUUUUAAAAUUUUGCUUUAGUUGGGAACCUAAUCUGCAAAGGUAAACAAACUACAGUAGGUACUGUAUUAAUUAUUUGUCAAGUCCAAACUAACUAGUUACUAAGUUUACAAAAAUGAUUUCUAAAAUACUUAAUUUCUAUUAUUAUGGAAUAACUUUAAAAAACUCAAGUUAGGUAUACUUGAAGAAAUUUUUUCCAGUAAAUCUGAUUUAGUUGAUCAUGACAUAGGUUUUUAGAUACAAUUCCAGUUUUAUUUUUUAUAGUCUUCCUUUUUGAUGGGUGCAUUUCAUAUUAUGAUUGUAAGAGUGAAAAAGAAAAAUUAUAAAUAACAAGAGCAUUUCCUGUUUUUAAUAUUGGGUAUUAAGUAUUGAAUAAUAUAAGGCUAUUUUAUCGUCUCUAUUCCUGUUUUGAAAUGAGGAUUUGAUUCUUGAAAUCCACUUUAAAUUGGAUGAUCAAAUUACAAAAAUGAUGUAUAGAAUCAGUAAAACUAGCUUCAUUAUUAUGCUUGCUUUCCUGUGUACACUACAAAAUAGAGUUUUCUAGCAGACUUUCACCUAUAGCUCAGGUUAUUACCGUACAUAAUUAUUAUUAUAUUUAUAAUUUUACACUCCAAUGAUCUCCUCCAAAACGAAAAAUGUAUCUGGUGAUAUUCAGGAAUAUAACAUUUGACUACUUCCAAUCUUCUUGCAAUCCGAACUACUAAUUCUAAUCAACCACAAAUUACAGGACAGUUUUAGCUUUUAUUGGUAACUGAACAAUCGAUAUGCCACUGUCCACUCUCAUAUUUCAUAUGGCAUUGAGAUUUAUGGUGGGACUAGUGCAUUUAACUUGAAUAGGAUAUUAAAACUCCAAAAAGAAGCAGUAAGAAAAAUAUUUAAUUUAAAUAGACAAGAGUCGCGCAGGACAUUUUUUAAAAAGUUAGAAUUAAUGACGGUGUAUGGACUUUAUAUUUAUAAAACAAUAUUACACGUAAAAAUAAUGAAGACAAAUUCCCCAGGCAAUCCAGUGUGCAUGACUAUAAUACAAGAAAUAGGAACAACUUUAUUAUCAAAGAACAUAGUAAAGAGAAGAACAAACAAAGCCCAACCUAUAUGGGCAUCAAAUUCAUUACUUACCUUCCUACUAGUAUUAAACAUGAAAAAGAUAUUACAAGGUUUGAAAACAAACUGAAAAAGUAUAUCGUGAAAUUAGAAUUAUACAGUUAUGAAGAAUUUUAUAGUGCCAACUCAUUGUGUAUUUAGACUACCUAUUGUUGAUGUAUUUUGUUUUUUACUUGUAUUUAUUUUAUUAUUUUGUUGAAAGUAAUAAAGAAAGACGCAUUCAUGUACAUUUUGAUGUAUGUUUUGAAUAAAGAGAUUGAUUGAUUGAUAUGCAGGUUUUAAUAAGACUCAUGGAGGUGAAAAGUAGAAAAUUAAAAAUACUCAACCAUUUUCUCAUCGAGAACAAACUGCUUGCUUUUGAAAUUUUCUAUAUUAUCUGUUUUUAAUACUUACCUACUUCAUGAAUGCAUGAUUCGAGUUUAUCAAAGAUUCUUAAAAAAUUGGGAGAGGAUUAAAUAAAUAAGACAACGUUAAUAUAAUUUCUUCAAUAAUAGUCUAUUCAACCUUCAUAUUUUUACAUACUAUAUACACAUAUAUAUUUAUAUUAGUGAUAAUAAUUGUAGCAUUUCUCUAUCUUGAAUAUUGAUGUACUGUUCAACUUAUGUACAGAGUGUCUCACUGAUUUUGAUUCUGUUUCUUUUUUCUGGUAAAAUAUUCAUUUCAAUAAACUUGUGUAUUGUAGAAAUAUUUCUCUACGGUGCUGAUUACUAUUUCAAUCAAUUUAUACUGAGAAGUAACUAAUUGAUAGUUAGUUGUGAAGAAUGAAAUGUUUAGAUUGGUGUGUUUUGAAUUCAUCCACGAUAGAAGAUUACAACUGAGUAAAACUGAAAUAUUUGUGAGUCUCAAAGUAGCUUAUUACAAUGAGAAAUUAUCUGGUGUGAAACAUGGAAUUUGUUUUUAUAGAGAAAUGCAUCAACUCAUUGGGUACAUUACAGAAUAAAUUGUAUGAAAUCGUGAGACACUCCAUGUACAACCUUGAUUCAAGGUUCAAGUUAUACAGAAUGCAUUCAAAGAUGUAGUCAAACUCAGUAACUAGUCUACUAUUAACGAACAAAACAAUAUGAAUUGAAUUUUAAACCAAUAAAUUAUUUUGUAUUGAAAAA